AUGGAGACUCCUCCAACAACAGCUCUUCAGAGCAUCCCGGAAAACUCUGAAUCUUCAGUUAUCGGUAGCUUUCCUCCUACACCCCCAGAUACAGCGAAGCCAUCUCGAAUAAGUAGCUUUCACGACUUGCAACAGAUCCCCCCAAUCGGGUUGCCAUCGAUAGAGUCCAUCAAACCCUACGCCCUACCUCCCAAGUUCCGAUCAAAAGAGGUCCUACCAGAGGAUCUCAAGACUCCCGACAACUAUGUCAAGCGUGACCCCCGUCUUAUCCGCCUCACAGGAGUUCAUCCCUUCAACGUCGAAGCACCCCUAAGCGAACUAUACGACCAGGGUUUCCUCACCAACGAGGAUCUUCACUAUGUCCGCAACCAUGGAGCCGUCCCCAAGUGCGAGGACGCCGAUAUGCUCGACUGGGAGUUCCAAGUCGAGGGCCUUGUCGAUAAUCCUAUCAAGAUGACAGUAAGGGAUCUUCUCAACGACUACGAGCAAGCCACUUAUCCCGUCACCCUCGUCUGUGCCGGAAACCGCCGCAAGGAGCAAAACAUGGUUCGGAAAACAAAAGGCUUCUCCUGGGGCGCUGCUGGUCUAUCGACGGCUCUUUGGACGGGCGUCCCUAUCGGUGACUUGCUUGCUGCUGCGAGGCCGAAGCGAGGAGCAAGAUAUGUCUGUUUCGAAGGAGCAGACAAGUUGCCUAACGGAUACUAUGGAACUUCCAUCAAGCUCAACUGGUGCAUGGAUCCCAACCGCGGCGUUAUGGUCGCUCACAAGAUGAACGGACAGAAGCUUCACCCUGAUCACGGAAAGCCUGUUCGAAUCAUCAUUCCCGGUCAGAUCGGUGGGCGAAGUGUGAAGUGGCUCAAGAGGAUCAUUGUCACAUCGGAGCCCAGCGACAACUGGUACCACAUCUUCGACAACCGAGUCCUACCAACGAUGAUCACCCCUGAGGCCAGUGCCGACUUGCCCGAUGUGUGGAAGGAUGAAAAGUAUGCCAUCUACGACCUCAACACGAACAGCGCCAUAUGUUAUCCCGCCCAUGAUGAGACUGUCCCGUUCCUGGACGCCCCAUCAAGUUACAAAGUCCGAGGAUACGCCUAUGCCGGCGGUGGAAAGCGUGUCACUAGGGCAGAAGUUACCCUUGACAAGGGCAAGUCAUGGCGGCUGGCCACUGUCCGAUAUCCCGAAGACGAUUACCGAUUCGCGCCUGAGGGAGACACUCUGUAUGGCGGACGAGUCGACAUGUGGUGGCGUGAGACGUGUUUCUGCUGGUGCUUCUGGGAACUUGACAUUCCUAUUGACGAGCUCCGUGAGGCAGACGAUAUCAUGAUCCGGGCAAUGGAUGAAUCCAUGAUGGUCCAGCCUCGUGACAUGUACUGGAGCGUCCUCGGUAUGAUGAAUAACCCCUGGUUCCGCGUCGUCAUCCAUAAGGAAGCCCACUCACUCCGGUUCGAGCACCCUACACAACCGGCCUUGAUGCCAGGAGGCUGGAUGGACCGCGUCAAAAAGGCCGGCGGGAACCUCGCCAACGGCUUCUGGGGCGAAAAGGUCUCUGGUGAAGCAGAAGAUGCCGUGGAGCAGGAGCCUGAAAAGGAGAUCUGCUUGACCGACCCCAAGGUCGACCGCAAGAUCACGGCCGCUGAGCUCAAGCAGCACGAUGGUGAGGUCGAUCCUUGGUUUGUUGUCAAUGGUGAGGUGUUUGACGGGACGCCUUUCUUAGAAGGCCAUCCCGGUGGUGCGGCGUCCAUCUUUGGUGCUGCUGGCCAAGACGUGACUGAAGAAUUCAUGACUAUUCACAGUGAAAAUGCCAAGGCAAUGAUGCCCGCCUACCACAUCGGCACCCUUGACGAAGCCUCCCGUGCCGCCCUCAGCGGCGACGACUCGGCAGAAGAGGAUCUGAACCGCCCCGUCUUCCUCCAGUCUAAGACGUGGAGUAAAGCCAUUCUGGAGCGCAAGACGACCAUCUCGUCUGACACAAAGAUCUUCACCUUCAAGCUUAACCAUGACAAUCAGGAGAUUGGUCUCCCCACUGGUCAGCAUCUGAUGGUGCGCCUCCGUGACCCGGCGACCCGCGAUGCUAUCAUCCGUGCCUACACACCCUACUCAGAUGGCUCGGAGAAGGGGCGGCUCGAUGUGCUCAUCAAGAUCUACUACGACACGCCCCAACGCAAGGGCGGCGUCAUGACACAGGCUCUCGACGCUCUUCCUCUAGGACACUUUGUCGAGUUCAAGGGUCCCGUUGGCAAGUUUGAGUAUCUCGGCGGUGGACUCUGCUCCAUCGGCGGCAAAGAACGCCGUGUCCGCCGUUUCAUCAUGGUCUGCGGCGGAUCUGGCAUCACCCCGAUCCGUCAGGUCCUCCGUGCCGUGAUGCGCGACCCCACUGAUCCAACGCCCUGUCUCGUCUUUGACGGUAACCGCGCCGAGGAAGACAUUCUCUGCAAGACAGAGCUCGAUGAGAUAGCUUCGGCCAACUCUGAGAGGUGCCGCAUCAUACAUGCUCUCACCAACCCAUCACCAUCGUGGACGGGAGUGACUGGUCGCGUGAACAAGGCGUUGUGCGAGAGAGACAUAGGCCAGCUCGCCAACAAUAGAGAGGGCGAUGAACUGGUACUUGUAUGCGGACCUGGUCCGAUGGAGAAGAGUGUCAAAGAGAUAUUCUCAGGAAUGGGCUGGAAGGAAGAUGAUUUUGUCUUUUUCUAA